AUGCUCCUGAUCGCAAAGGGCUUGUCGCGGACGCUCGGCACGCGAGUUGCUGGAGAUUCCCGAGCCGGACUCCAACGUGCAGCAUCUACGAGGCUACCUGUCCCCGCAGAGGACGGAGCCCUCUUGACGGCCCUGAACCAAGCAGCAGAGGCCGGCAACGUCCAGAGUGCCCGCGACAUCUUUGAGAGGCUCCAGGACAAGAGCAAGCGGCGCGACGGACGUCUUCACCGCAUGGUGUGGAACACGUUGCUCAAGGCCUUCGCCAAUGCCGGUGAUGCCCAUGGCGCCAAAUUUAUCUUCCGGGACAUGGAGAGGCACCUGGUCGCCCCAAACAUGCAAACGUAUGGCAAGCUGAUGGAAGCCGCAGCCAAGUCAGCAGACGCCGCUCCGCUGUCGCGUCGCUUCGUAGGCACCAGGAGCGCCGAGGAUGACAUCCAAACCCUUCUGGACGAGUGCGAUCGCGUCGAGCGGAAUUGGGAUGCCCUGGACCGCGGAAGGGUCCACAACGGUGCGACGGGCAGCGACAAAGUUCCGAGACCUAAAGCACCGCAACGAAGGCCGCCAAUGCCCGACAUGCUGUCGUGGGCGCUGGCGAGGCAGCAAGCUAUGGAGCAGGAGGAAGAUCAGAAGCAGCAUCAGUUUCUCUCAGCGGAAUCGGCCACCUUGGCCGAUGCGCUGCACGAGGCUCAGCAAGCGCUGGCAGAUGCAAAACUCCGCCUCCGUGCCAAAGAGGCCACGGAGCGAGAAAGAAUUCGUGCCCGGCUGGACGAAGAGAUUCCCAGCCGAAGACGGACCUCUAGGGACACAGCUGAGCCAGCUGCCGCAGGGGCCGCACCGUCCGGACCGGCAGAUCUCCCCGAGGUGGGAGGGCCGGAGGUCUCACCCCCGCUGCGGCCCCGGCCACCCCCAGGCCGGCCGGAGGUUGAGCGUCCGGCACCUCACAUCUCAGCGCUGCGGCCAGAGAGCACUUGCCGGCCGGCACAGCAGUGGAAGGUGGUGGGCGGCGUUGGCAAAGGUGGGAUCAUCGUGCGCUCGGAUCAAGAUCUCCAGUCCGAGCAGCUCGAAGAGCGCCUGGCCACGGGAUCCCUCGUGGAGCAGGAGGAGCUCAUCGGCGACCGACUCCGCUUCUGGCGACUCACAGGUAGUGGACCAAAAACUGGCUGGGUGAGCAUCAAGCUGGCCCAAAAAGACCUCAUGGUCAAAGUGCUUCCUGAGAAAAGCCCCCAGUGGCACGGCUUUACACCGGUGCCGCCCCCCGGGCCCAAACCGCGGAGGAGGAGCACGUCUGCACAGGGCCACCGCCCGAGCGCGUCACUCCCGCGCCUUCCGCAGCCACGUUCCGCGCCGCCACCUCGGGCUCACAUGGCAUCUCACAGCUCGGAGAUCCACCUCCCGCCGCUGCCACGGUAG